ACUAAUAACCGUAUCUCCUGUUUGAAAAAUCUAUUCUUUCUUGUCAGAUGCGACGAAUCUUCACAUUGUCCUUUAACCAAUGCGAAAGAAGUUAACAAAUGCACCGUUUACUCCAAACGGGUGUGCGAUGGUUGUCUCGACGGUUAUUUUCUUAACCCUGGCACUGAAGGGUGCGAAGAAUGUUCGUCACCUUGCAGCUUUAAUAAAAUUGAGACAAGACCAUGCACCACUGAUCACGACAGGACCUGUUCACCGAAAGCCUUUGUACCGACAAUUCUGGCCACUAAUUCUACACCGAAAGAAGUCUCCAAACGUAUUUUCAAGCCAUCGGUAAAACCACCAACUCCACCAAAUCAAAUUGAUGGAGAUUCUCCUUCACCACAGGAAACCACAAUAGUUAAAAAUCAUUGGCUUUGGAUCGGCAUUAGCAUUGGUGUGGUUGUCCUAAUAGCAAUAACGAUUUUGAUGAUUUUUUGCUACAGAAGAAAAAAAAGAAACCAGACAUGUCGAAGAAAUCGUGCUGCGAAUGCUAGGUCAGACGAAGAAACAAGAGAUCGGCAAGAAGUUAUUCCACUGAUGCAAGGUUUAGAUCUUCCCAUUAAAGAUCUUACAAUCGACGGGAAAAUGUUCAUAGCCCAGAGGCUCAAUGGCAGAAACAGCUUUGGCUAUUAUUACUGGCAGGUGAUCGGGGAUGAACUUGGCUUUCUCUCUGAAUGCAGAGCAUGGGAAACUGCGGAGAAUCCCACAGAAAGGUUGCUCAAGGCUUACGGGGAAAAAGCGGGGAGUACGGUCAGAAACUUGAUCAAGGCGCUGAGGGGUCCAAAGGUGGGACUGACCCAGUUUGCUAACGAAAUUGAGAUUAAGUUCUCGAGCUCUACGACCCAAGAUCAAAGCAAAGGAGAAAGUAGCGAGGAAAUAGAAAGUAACGUGGAAAUAGUUUAAACUUUUGUUGUUGUUGUUGUUGUUGCCAAAUAUGAUUGCCCAGACUAAUGGAGAUGUUGUGAUGUAAAUGGUGUAACAAAAGUUUAAACGAAAUACUAAUGAAUUUUUUGGGGUGUAGUGUUGUCCGUCUUCUUGAGCUUGUUAGGCGUUGUUUGGCAUUUCUAAUUCUUGCCAGAUCGCUAUUCUCCCUUAAGACAGAGAACUAAAAGUGAUUUAGCAAAAUUUAAUGAUACCAACAGACUGAAAACUCAAGAAGACGAAAAACACACUAUACAUCUUUUUAAAAUAAAUAUUUUGUUUAAAUUUAUUGAAUCACUUAGUACAUCGUGGAGCAAUCAGAUUUUAAUAACAAGAACAUUCGACGGAGUAUUAUCUAGUGGAGUUCUGUUUUUACCGCAUUCGUGCCCUUUAGGCAGAAUGAAAAGAAACUACAUCAACGUCCCAUAAAAAGAGAAAAGAU